AUGUAUUCUUCCUCGAAUUCUUCUUCCAGUUCAUCUGAAAGUGAAGGUGAAGAAUAUUUUAACGAAGUAUCUUUCGAAUGUGGCAGUGUUGUUCCGUAUGACGAGGAUCUAGAGCCAUUAGCCACCGAAGAAGAGGCUGUAGAACAAGAAGAAAGAAUGGCUAAAGAAACCGAAGUAGAGCGCGAAUAUCGAGCGAGAUUAACUCGUCAAGUGGAUGUUUCUGCAUGGUGCGUUUGUUCUAACUGUUCACCCGAGUUCGCAAGGAAAGCAGAAGAAUGCCAAUGCUGUCAGGAAAUCGAUCGUUGUGGGGAGGUUAUGGAAGAGUUUGGCGAUCGAAAGAAGUGCAUCACACUUCAUCCAGGGUUUCAAGAUGUUUGCCUGAACAGGCACGUCUUACAAGUUGCUGCGUUGAAUCUUAAGACUAGAUCUGGAAAAUCUUAUAGAACAAUAGACACUCAUGGUCGAAGAACGGAAGCAGAGUAA